AUGACCAGGUUCCGCAGAAAAAAUUCCCGGAAGAACAGCAAACCUCUGCAGACAGCUGGCUUACGAUUUUGGACUUCGAGUUUUGAACCUCCGUCGUCCGAGGAGCCAUCUUGGCUGCGAAGCCCCGUAUCUACCUCGGGCAGCAGUUCAAAGUCUCUUCUGGGACCAUUCGCUCUCUGGUCGAAUCGAUCAGCGAGCUCGGUCGCCGACGAAAACCAUUGGAGUGUCAGGCCCCGACAAAUCCUCACUGCCGAUCUUCAGCAUCCCAGAUUUGCUUCAACAAAUCCUGAUUGCCCAGCGGACUCUGCAACCAAACCCCCUAGAGCGACUCGGUUGCCACGGCAUGUGCCUAUUAUAAUUCCCGACUUUGCACAACCUUUCCAGAGGGAAAUCCGCCCAUGCGCAUCGGAGUCUGAUAUUAAUAACCAUCGAUACUCGGCCGCCUCGACUAUAAAAGCAUUGACGUACGAGGCAGUGCUCUCACCAACCUUAUCGAAUGCAGUUAGCGUACCGAGGACUGCAACGGGUUCAGAGAAUAAGAAGGAGUUGAGCCUGGUUGCACGACAAGAAGAUCUAGCGAUGAACAACAGUCAGGUCAGCCUCACGGCCUCAGAUGUCAGUGCGGAGGCGCCUAAUGGCUCCACCCAAACCAACAAUGGAACGGGAAACAAUGGAACCGCGCCAGGAGUCUCGCAGCAAGGAACCGCACCGACAAAUCUAUCGGGACUGGUGUGCAAUGUACAUAGAACAACAGGGGAAGAACCUCACGCCCUUGUCGGAGCGACCACCACUAUUCUGGGGGACAAGCUGUACGUCUUUGGAGGCCGUGUACAUUCCCGAACAAAACCUCAAUUGACUGCGGACCUCUACGAGCUGGAUCUGAUCCAUCGGCACUGGGCAAAGAUUGAAGCUGUUGGCGACAUCCCUCCUCCACGAUACUUUCACAGCGUUUGUGCCCUGGGCGACUCCAAACUAGUGUGCUACGGCGGUAUGUCUCCAGCCACUCACAAGAACAUAUCAAAUCCUCAGAGUGGGAAAGGCGCAGUUGAACCACAGCCCGAGGUGGUCGUCAUGUCGGACAUCCAUAUAUUUGAUGUCCCGACGAGAAAAUGGACGCUCAUCUCAACAUCCGAGAACCCUCAAGGACGGUACGCGCAUUGCGCAGCUGUCUUGCCCUCGUCUGCCGUCUUCACGUCAGCGAAUGCUCCCCUUUCUGCUAUUCAGCACAACCCACCUUCGUCAGACCCUCAUUCAGGCACUUUGGGCGUACAGCUGGAUGGAAGCGGAGGUGCGGAAAUGAUCGUGGUUGGAGGCCAGGACAGCAGUAACAACUACAUCGAACAGAUCAGCGUGUUCAACCUGCGAAGUCUCAAAUGGACCAACACCACCUCGUGGGAUCGCAAAUGCGGAGCAUACAAGAGCAUGGUGGCCCCCAUGACAGGGCUAUCAGCAGAACUGGUCGGACGUGGAGUUCCCUUGAACGACCCCGAGGCUCUAAAGAUGACCAAGAGGCCCGGCACAUCGAUGCUCAUCUAUUCCAAUUAUAAUUUCCUGGACGUAAAGUUGGAACUACAGAUCAGGCUACCUGACGGCUCACUGGUGGAGAAGCCAAUGAGCGGCAACGUGUCACCGCCCGGGCUACGCUUUCCUAACGGAGGCAUCAUCGACGGCAACUUCGUGGUCAGCGGCACCUACCUAACGUCCUCAAAGCACGAGUACGCACUGUGGGCACUUGACCUCAAGACACUAACAUGGGCGAGGAUUGACACCAACGGAUCCAUCUUCUCUCAGGGGAGCUGGAACCGAGGGAUCCUGUGGAACCGACGUAACACGUUCGUUAUCCUAGGCCACCGCAAGCGCAGCCUCGUAGAUGACUACAACCACCGCCGUAUCAACUUCACUCACGUGUGCAUGGUGGAGCUCGAGGCGUUUGGACUGUACGACAACCCGCGAACUGAGGCACCCACGUCGUCGUACGUGUCUGUCUCUGCGCCAGUGGUUCCCACGUCACUGCGAUCAAACUUACCCACACAAUUGGCCGGUGGACGACCAUACAGCAUCAAGGCCGAACAGUUGGGUCAAGCGGCACUAAGCUUGACUGAGCUCUCGGACAUGGAGAUUGUGGCGCUUGGAGGGGAAAAAAUCCCCUGCAACUCGUUCAUCCUUUCUCGACGAUGGGGCCCGUUCUUCAACCAACUGCUGGCCGAGUACGGGACGACCCACGACAACGGUAGCAUAUCGGAUGGCGCGACGCUGCGUCCCGCUGACCGAUCACAAGCGAGUCGCAACUCGUCACUGACCAUCACCCCCAGUGCAGCCAACGGAUUCGGGGGCCCAGGGUCCACGGCAGGGUCUACCGCGGUGGGAUCUGGGCCCGAUGGAAUCCUCGACCCUCAGCGCUCACUCAGUCGGUCGACGACACGUACACUGGUCGAACUGCCCAACCCGACGUCGGUGCCGGCGUCUAAUCGGCCACGCUCACUCUACCUGCCACACAUGGCGCAGACAAUCCAUCUACUACUACACUUUUUGUACACGUCCUCGCUGCCACCGGUCGGGUACCCUCUCUGCACUCCUCACACGCUCUGCUCGCUCUUGCAGAUGGCACGGCCGUACCAGAUUGACGGGCUGCUCGAGGCGACGGUCGAACGACUCCACGAGGCCCUGGACGGACGCAACUCGGCUGCCGUCUUCAACGCGGCGGCCAUGGCGGCCGGCGGGGGACGUGGCCUGGUGGGCGCCGUGGGGGCGGGACUGUCGAGCAUGGGACGGAGAGAGAGCGAGGCCACGACCGUCGGCGAGCAGACGUUGACCAUCAAAACUGCGGGACUGAAGUUGACGACGAGCUACGAAGAGCCAUCCAUGGGUGGCGGUGGUAAAUGGAAGGGGCACGGAAAGAGUAGUUCCACCGACACGACCUCAACCUCGACCUCGACGGACGUCUCACAUACGGAUCCAGAGGUUUCGCCGCUCGACGAAACUGUAGGUGGCAGGCGAGGCAGUCGGCAGCAGGGAGGAGACAACAACAGGGAAAGUCGAGAAAUGUGGACAGGAGAUGUGAGUUCUGUGAUUGGGUUGCAGAAACGUGGGUUGAGAGGGUUGAUGGAGGGACGGCGGUUGAGGGAACGAGCAAACACUGGGGCGACGGGUGUCGAGGGGAUGUGA